CUUGAGCUAUUUAGACUGUUUCUACUCCCAAUGCAAUAUAUGUGUUGUGAAAUAUGGUAAUUUGAGUGAAAAAUGAAUUCUAAGUGCAUCAUUGUGUUUAUAGGAUUUGUGACACUGGUAUUAGGGAUCUAUGACUUGGAACAACCAUCUACAAAGCCUCCAAGGCACAGAGAAAAUUUGCCGUGGCCUUCCCGCCCCGAGUACCCUUCCAGAGGAGUGAAGACUUCACCCAGAGAUUAUGUUGCUACACCUGCUGCUGCUAGCACCAGAGAUUAUGUUGCUACACCUGCUGCUGCUAGUACCAGAGAUUAUGUUGCUACACCUGCUGCUGCUAGUACCAGAGAUUAUGUUGCUACACCUGCUGCUGCUAGCACCAGAGAUUAUGUUGCUACACCUGCUGUUACUGAGUCUAAUAGGGAACAACCUGCAAGACCAAUCCCUCAAAAGCUCAGCAAUGCUGAAGGCGCACCAAAGUUGCCUGCAGCAUUGUCAACGAACAAGCAGCCAUUGUGUCCACACAAAGCCACUGGUCAGUUCUCGUACGCCCCUGACUGUCGGAGGUUCAUCAGCUGUUUCAAGGGCCGAGGGGUGAUCCAAUCAUGUUCGCCAGGCACUCUGUUCAACCCUCGCACUCAGGAGUGUGACUUCCCCUCCAAAGUCACUUGUCUCUCUACCAACUCUGAAUACAGGACAAAUCCCAAUACCCAGGAGAGAGGUCCCAAACAAGAUUCAUCUCCACAAGAAAGAAUACCAGAUAAUCCUGAUUGGAGGGAUGGUUUUAAGUCAUACAAAGUAAGACCUCCAACUAACCAACAGCCUCAAUACCAGAGACCUUUUAAUGGCCAUUCUGGUGUCCAGUUCCCUAAUCCAGCAUACAUGGGCCAACCCGUCCCUGGUGACAUGCUGCAGCCCCCUCCACCUCCAUUGCCUGGAAGCAUGUUUCAACCUCCUCAAGCAGGUUUCAAUAUACCUCCAAUGUUGUUUGGAAAUCUCAACAAUGUCUCUAGAACUGAGCCAGUUAACACUUACGGAACACCCAAUCCUGGAUAUUACAUAGUGUACCAACAACCUUAUCCUGCUACUGGCCAACCAAUGUUAUUUUCUCCAAAUCGACCUGGAUAUCCACCUUCUGCUGUUUCUCAUCAAGACAUUCCUUUAGCUCCUCAGACAUACCAAAUUAAUGAUCAGAAUUUUAGAAGUAAUCCCCAGGGCUACAGAGGAAGCUCCAAUCCUUCAUUUUAUCCAGGAAAUCAACCAACCAAUACAGGAAAUAGUAACCAAUACCCUUCAUUGAAUUCUCCUGGCUCUCCUACUAACAAUCAGAACAGACAGGAUUCCACUAACGGUCAAUCCCAAUAUCCUGGAAUCCAAAGAGGACAGAGUUACUCCCCUUCUAAUUCCCCUCAGAAUGGAAAUGCUCAAAACGUCCAAUAUGUAUAUCCAAGUCCUACUGAUGUUAACACACCUUUACAACCCUCAAAUUAUGAGCCACAGAACCAUAAAAAUGAUCAACAUUUUCCAAGUAAUCCACAGGGCAAAAAAGGAAGCUCUAACCCUACAUCUUUUCCAGGAAAUCAACCAGAAUAUCCGCGAAAUCAACCAACCAAUACUGGAAAUGGUAACCAAUAUCCGUCAUCAAACUCUCAAGAUGCUCCAACAUACUAUGAGCCUCAAGUAAACAAUCAGAACAGACAGUAUCCCACCAAUGGUCAAUCCCACUAUCCUGGAUACCAAAGAGGACAGAGUUAUUCUCCUUCUAAUUUCCCUCAGAAUGGAAAUACUCAAAAUGUCCAGUAUGUGUAUCCAAGUCCUCCUUCUAACCCAAAGAUACCUAUACAGUCCCCAAACUAUCAAUCACAGAACCCCCAAUCAGUAAAUCCUGCCUCAGGGUACUACCCUCCGAUAAUUAAUCCUGCAGGCCAGGUAGGAUUUCAUCCUAAUCCGUCUUAUGGCCAAAACAGCGCACCAGGUAGGUCAAAUCCAUCUCAAUAUCCAGAUUCCAGAGGGUUUUCUAAUCCCCCUUUUCCACCAGGGGAAAGCUUUCAAGGAGGUCAAGCUCAAUCGGGGUAUCCACAAAGUAGAGAGCCUCAAAUAUUCCCCCAAGGUGGCCAACCUGGCUACUUCCAAGUCAAUCAAAAUCCGAAUGAGGAUGACCCUGUUGUAAAACAAAAUCCCCCAAAGUACAAUCCUUUUGACUCUUCAAACAAAGCAGUCAAAUGUCCAGCUGGUGCUAGUGGGUUAUAUCCUCAUCCUGACUGUUUCAAAUUCCUGAACUGCGAUCAUGGAAGGACCUUUGUGAUGUCUUGCGGUCCCGGCACAGCAUUCAACCCAGCUAUUGGCGUGUGUGACUAUCCAGAGAAUGUUGAUUGUAAUCAACCUACAAUUCAAGAACUAGAUCAAGAUGAAAAGCGUAGUGAGGAAGGUCAACCAGACUACUAUGAUCAAACUAAAAAUGCAACGGAUGAUACAAAUAAUGGGGGAUAUGAUGACCAAUAUCAAAACCCAUCAGACUUGGUAGAGGCUGUUGAUUUAAGAAGUAAAUUUGAUGAUGGUUAUGACUUUAUUUCCACCACUCCUAGAACAACCACUUCAGCAACAAAGAAACCGGCAAUACCAACAUCUCAGGCAACUCCAAAACAAAUGACUGUUUUAUCUAGAGAAGAGAGGAACAAGCAAAGCAAAGAACCCAAAACGUCACACCCCCCACUCAACAUCCAGUAUAACCCGGUUACAAAACCACAAGAAAAUAAACCCGUGUCGCAAAUUCCACCGAAAAUUUCUAGCGGAAAUAUUUCAACAAAGCGUGAGACCACACCUAUAAGUAAACAGCUGGUCCGGUUGAGAGGAGGACAGAGAGCCAAUGAGGGGUAUGUGGAGAUGAGAGGACUGAAGGAGUGGGGGCUUGUAUGUGACAAACAUGGUGAGUGGACAAUCACGGAAGCCAACAUCAUCUGCAAACAGCUUGGCUAUGAGAGGGCAGCUGAGCUCACAUGGCAAGGACGUCCUUCUCACGGCAACGUCAAAGUUAAGCCUACCAUUGCCUUCAGCUCUGUCUGGUGUAAUGGCAACGAAACAAACAUCCUGGAUUGUAAAACCAGAAAUGACAAGGUGUGUGAGCCAGAGCGGGAUGCUGUGUGGGUGAGGUGCCGCAACAACCCUCAGUCCAUGUGUAUGCCGGGGGAGGCAGUGUUCCAGGGUAGGUGCUACCAGCUGGUGGUGCCGAGGGAAGACGCUCGCAUUGACAGCAUUGGCUUCAGCCAGGGCGAGGCCCUGUCACACUGUCAAGUCAGGAGAGGUCACUUGCUGGACAUAACCUCUCAGGCGGAGAGUGACUUUGUCUCAGAGUGGCUGGUGUCUCAGAACAUGACAAGCAACGUGAUGACAUCAGGUGUGGGAGUGUCUGUUAUGGGGGCCUCCAUCUGGAUCUGGGAAGGCUCACCUGACACCUUCAAGUACCAGAACUGGUGGCCUGGAUGGGAAGGAAAUAAAACUUCAUCUCCCAGUACCAAGUCGAACAGAGCUCUAUGUGUUAUCGCUCGAAGAUACUUUCCCUGUCCAGAAAAAACACCCAAAGAAACUGCUGAAAUGUCUUUCUGUGACGCAGAGUACUUUUUUUGGGAUAUCGAGGACUGUGCUAUAAUGAGCAACAAACACCCCUAUGUUUGUGAAAGAAAUGCUGAUAAUAUUGGUUGUGUGAAAGGAAGUGGCCACGAUUACCGAGGCAUUGCAAACGUCACUGAGACCUCAACCGCCUGUUUACCCUGGGAGUUACCGAAGGUCAAGUCAGCACUGAAGUAUCGUGUGUCUGAGACGACGUUCAAGAGUGUGCUGGCAGGACAUAACCAUUGCCGCAACCUGGGAAGCUCAGACCCACAGCCUUGGUGUUAUGUGGCUGAAGGAGAUUCCAUCAAGAAGGAGGCUUGCGACAUCCCCAACUGUGUGGAUCAUGGGAAAAGAAUAUCAGAAGAAAGAGCUGCUGGAGAGAGUAGUUACACUUGUGCUGCUAAUCUGUUUUCCUGUGGACUCAAUGACUGUAUACCUUUACCAUGGGUGUGCGAUGGACAACCGGACUGCAAGAAUGGGUUAGAUGAGUUGAACUGCACGGGAGGCUUGGUACAGUUUAAGCAACACACCUCCGCCAGACUGAUGGAGCAUGACAAGGAGAAGUGGCUUCACACCAGUGCUGCUAACUGUGCUACUCGCUGUCUUGAAGCUGAGGACUUCACUUGUAGAUCCUUCGCUCAUUUAGGGAAGGAUCAGGUGUGUCUACUAAGUGAUGCCAACAUUGGGAUGACGGGGAAAUUGUCUACUAACCAACCAGACUGGGAGUAUUACGAACGGAUCUCUGAAUCCAUCAAUUGUACCAACAUGUUCCAGUGUGCCAAUGGAAAAUGCAUCCCUAAACAAUCUACUUGCAAUGGGAAAAAUGACUGUGGUGAUCGAUCUGAUGAAAGAAAUUGUUCUGCAGCAAAUCUAGGCUAUGAAAUACGCCUGGGUGGAAGUAAUAAAAAGAAUGAAGGCCGGAUUGAAAUAAAGAUUCUAGGAGAGUGGGGCUAUGUUUGUGAUGAUCAGUUUGACAUGAGAGAUGCUGAAGUUGUUUGUCGAGAGCUUGGCUUCGCCCUUGGAGCAGCAGAGAUUCGCCCCCACUCUGCCUUCUUGCCUCUCAACUCUAGCAAGGUACUCUACCUGGUAGACGACCUACAAUGCCGUGGCAAUGAGACGAGCAUCCGGGAGUGUGACUUUGGAGGCUGGGGCGUUCAUGACUGUGGCACUGAGGAGGUGGUUGGGGUGGUGUGCAAGGUGCCAGGAAAGACUUGUGCUAAGAACUUCUGGCAGUGUGCAGGCAAGGGAGAGUGUAUCCCGGCCCACUACAUGUGUGACACAGUCCCUGACUGCGAAGAUGGAUCUGACGAAGAGCCUAACAUGUGCAAGCUACCUGUGAUCGUGAGGCUGGUUGGAAGUCCACAGAAAGAUGAUUCUCUGACAAAGGUUUCUGGAAGGCUGGAGGUGAGGAAGUUCGGAGUCUGGGGCACUGUCUGUGAUGAUGACUUUGAAGACAAAGAAGCUUCAGUGGUCUGUAGAUCCCUCGGCUACAAUGGUCCAGCCAAGUCUCUCAAGGAAGCCGCAUUUGGACAAGGUGAGGGGGUAAUAUGGUUGAACGGUGUUCAUUGUGCGGGCAAUGAGAGUUCUCUGACUGAAUGUUUACAUCAGCCUUGGGGCCUCACAGACUGCAGCCACAGUGAGGAUGUUGGUGUCGUCUGCUCCCACUUGUCCCAGGACAAAAGAAAUUCACAUGAAGCAAAGAAUCUUCAGAUAGAUGUAGACUCUCCACAGAAACUAUCAGUGGAUGGCAUACUUCCAAAGGACUGUGGAAAGAUUGAUGAAGAAUUGAAGUACUUAAACACAGACUUAACACCAAAAGUAGUAAAAGGUCAAGAUAUAAAAAAAGGCACUAUCCCCUGGCAGGCCAGUUUGCGAGUGAGGGGAUCGAUCAAGUCUAUUCACUGGUGCGGAGCUGUGGUUAUCUCCCCCCUCCACAUACUCACCUCCGCUCACUGCCUCCAGGACUACGCUAAGUCUGCAUACUUUGUACGAGUCGGUGACUUUGACACAGAGGUGCCUGAGGGAACUGAACAGGAAUAUGAUAUAGAAUCUACAUAUAUUCACGAAGAUUAUGACAAGGGCUAUAAGUUGAACAAUGACAUAGCACUAGUGAAGCUGAAAGGCACAGGUAUACGUUUUAGCAGUUAUGUGAGAGCAGUAUGUCUACCACCUCCCCCCAGUGCCUACAUUCCAGGAACAAACUGCACCAUCUCUGGCUGGGGUUCUAACGGAACACCUGGAGCAGGUUUCUCACGUCGCCUCAAGUGGACUACCGCCCCUAUGAUCGCUGAUGACGAGUGCCGUGCUCCAUACGUCUACGGCUCAGCUCUCACUGAGGGCAUGUUCUGUGCUGGAGAUCUACAGGGAGGUGCAGAUUCAUGCCAAGGAGACUCAGGGGGUCCUUUUGUCUGUCCUGUAAAUGGCCGAUCAGUUCUAUAUGGAAUCACCAGCUGGGGUCAUGGUUGUGGCAGAGCUAACAAACCUGGGGUCUACACCAGAGUUGUCAUGUACCUUAGCUGGAUACAUGCCAAGCUACAUGACUCCAUCAAUGGCAGAUAGUUACUUAAUACUCACUACCAUGUUGCUAUUUACUAGUUUGUUUUGUAGGUUAAUAAAAGAAAAGGUUAAA